AUGGCUCCCAUUAAGAAGAACAAGAAGGACUCCAACACCAUCAACUCCAAGUUGGCGCUUGUUAUGAAGUCCGGCAAGGUCACUCUUGGAUACAAGUCGACCCUGAAGAGCCUGCGAUCCGGCAAGGCCAAGCUCAUCAUCAUUGCUGGCAACACUCCCCCUCUGCGCAAGUCUGAGCUCGAGUACUACAGCAUGUUGUCCAAAACGCCCUGCCACCAUUUUGGUGGAACAACGGUUCACAUUGGCUUACAUGUACUCUUCUUUUCCCUACAGAUUGAGCUCGGUACCGCCUGCGGUAAGCUCUUCCGCUGCUCCACCCUCGCCAUCCUCGAGGCUGGUGACUCCGACAUCCUCAGCGACCAGGCUGCUUAA